AUGGGCAGUACCAAGAUGAGCACCCAAUCUGACGUCCACGGCGCCGUGGCCAGUGAGAGCACGAUAUGCUCGCAGAUAGGCAUAGAUCUGUUGCGACAAGGCGGAAACGCCGCAGACGCCCAUGUCGGAGCCCAAUUAUGCGUCGGAGUCAUUGGCAUGUAUCACUCCGGAAUAGGAGGAGGUGGCUUUGCACUCGUCCGCGACUCGGAGGGGAACUACGAGACCAUAGAUUACCGAGAAGCUGCACCCGCUGAGGCAUUUGAGGAUAUGUAUAAGGGCAAUUUACAAGGCGCUGUUACUGGCGGACUGGCGGUUUCGGUUCCAGGUGAUCUGAAGGGACUUGAGUACCUGCAUCAGAAACAUGGACUAUUGCCUUGGCGAGCAGUUGUCAACCCGGCGGUUUAUGUCGCACGUAAUGGUUUUAAUGUAACGGAGGACUUAGUGAGGUAUAUGGAUUUUGCGACAAAAGGCAUUCGAGGAAACUUUCUACUUGAGGACCCCAUCUGGGCCCAAGACUUCGCGCCUAACGGACGGCUGGUCCAGCUUGGGGAUGUCAUCACGAGGAAAAGAUAUGCCGAUACCCUAGAGAAGAUUGGUAAACACGGCGCCGAGAUACUCUACUCCGGUGAACUAGCCGAAGAAAUAGUCAAGCUCGUCCAAGAGACCAACGGCACCCUCACAAUGGACGAUAUGAAGUCCUACCGCGUCUAUGGAAAGCCACCAAUCAGCAUCGACUUCCGCGGCUUCAAGCUGUACUCCACCGGUGCCCCCAGCAGCGGCUCCAUCAUGCUGAGUAUGCUCAAGACCAUGGAGCAGUACCCAGCCUCGGACCUGGCCGACACCAACCUCACCACCCACCGCUUCAUCGAGGCCAUGCGCUUCGCCUACGGUGCCCGCCUCGAGCUAGGCGACCCAGCCUACGUCUCGAACAUCGAGGAGUUCGAGGCGUCCCUCCUGACCCCCCACAAGGCCAAUGAGACGCGCCACAAGAUCGACGACAGCACCACCCUCCCUGUGCGCGAGUACGACCCCCACCAGCUCAUCGCGGCCGAAACCCACGGCACAUCGCACAUCGUCACAGCCGACAGCGCCGGCAUGGCCAUCUCCUCCACGACGACCAUCAACCUCCUCUUUGGCGCACAGAUCAUGACCCCCGGAAGCGGCAUCAUCCUCAACGACGAGAUGGACGACUUUAGCAUCCCAGGCGUCCGUAACAGUUUCGGCUUCGCCCCCUCGCCGGCCAACUACAUCCGCCCCGGGAAGAGGCCCAUGAGCUCCAUCACGCCCAUCAUCGCCGAGCACCCCAACGGCACCGUCUUCUUCAUCACCGGCGCCGCAGGCGGGAGCCGCAUCAUCAGCUCCACCACCCAGACCGCCUGGCACAUCCUCGAGCACGGCAUGAACAUGAGCGAGGCCGUGGCCGCGCCCAGGCUGCACGACCAGCUGAUCCCGAAUGAGGUGUACUUUGAGUACACCUUUGACAACAGCACCGUUGCCGCUAUGGUCGAGAAGGGGCACAAGCCUGUAUGGGUGAGGCUGGGUGUCAGUGCUGUCCAGGGGAUCCAGAGGCUUUGGGAUGGAAGUUUUGAGGCUGUGGGUGAGCCGAGACAGAGGAACUCGGGUGGCUUUUCGACAUGA